CAAUGUCAUUCAUCAAAAACCAAAAUAAUCAACUAAACAUCGUUUAGCGAUAUAUGAUGAUGGUUCCCAAAACACUUUCUUUACUUCAGUUUUUUACUCUUUUAUAUCUCUUUGUGGUUACUUUUUCCUCCACUGAGGAAGCCAUUGCCCUCUUGAAAUGGAAAGCAACUUUCCCAAGUCAGAAUAAUUCCAUAUUGACUUCAUGGAGAUCAAGCUUAAACGUGUGCGAGGACUGGUAUGGAGUUAUAUGCUUUAAUGGUAGAGUAAAUAGGUUGAAUAUUACAAAUGCUAGUAUUAUUGGAACACUUUAUGAUUUUCCAUUUUCAUCUCUCCCUUUUCUUGAAUAUCUUGAACUUAGCAUGCAUAAUUUCUCUGGCACCAUCCCACCUGAAAUAGGUAAUCUAACUAAUCUUGUCUAUCUUGAUUUGUCAAACAAUCAGAUUUCGGGCCCAAUCCCAUCACAAAUCGGUUCACUAGCCAAGCUUCAGACCCUCCACUUAUUUGAUAACCAUUUAAAUGGUUUCAUUCCAAGAGAAAUAGGUCACCUUAGGUCUCUUACUAAGCUCUCUUUGGGGACUAACUUUCUUAGUGGUUUUAUUCCUAAUUCAUUGGGGAACUUGACCAACUUGUCUUUUUUGCAUCUUAAUGACAAUCACUUUUCUGGCUCCAUUCCUGUAGAAAUGGCUAACCUAACGUCUCUUAUUGAGUUAGAUUUGAAGAAUAACUCUCUCACUGGUUCUAUUCCUGCUUCAUUAGGGAAUUUGAACAAAUUGUCCCGUUUGUAUCUUUACGAUAAUCACCUUUCUGGAUCCAUUCCUCAAGAAAUAUGUUACCUAAGGUCUCUUUUUAAGCUAUCUUUGGGUACUAACUUUCUUAAUGGUUCUAUUCCUAUUUCAUUUGGGAACUUGACCAACUUAUCUUUUCUUUAUCUUAAUGACAAUCACCUUUCUGGCUCCAUUCCUCAAAAAAUGGGUAACCUAAGGUAUCUUACUAUACUAACUUUGAGGAAUAACUAUCUUAGUGGUUCUAUUCCUGCUUCUUUUGGCAAUUUGAGAAAUUUGCGAGGUUUAUUUCUCCGAUAUAAUAAUCUCAGUGGGGACAUUCCUUCAUCUAUGUGCAAUUUGACAUCAUUGGAAGUGUUGUAUCUCCAGAGAAAUAACUUGAAGGGAAAAGUUAUGCAAUGUUUGGGUAAUAUGAGUGGCCUCAAGAUUUUGUCGUUGUCACAUAAUAAUCUUAGUGGAGAUAUUCCUUUGUCUAUCUGUAAUUUAACAUCACUACGAGUUUUAGAUUUAUCGAGAAACAAUCUUAAGGGAGCAGUUCUGCAUUGUUUUGGCAACAUGAGUCGCCAUCUUGAGGUUUUGGAAAUGCAGAACAACUAUCUUUCUGGGACUCUUCCAACAACUUUUAACAUUGGAAGUGUACUCAAAAGCCUCAACUUGCAUGGCAAUGAACUGGAGGGGAAAAUUCCCCAAUCUUUGGCCAACUGCAAAGAGUUGCAAGUCCUUGCUAUAGGAGAUAAUCACCUCAUCGAUACAUUCCCGAUGUGGUUGGGAACUCUUCCAAAGCUGAAAGUUUUAAGCUUGAGAUCGAAUAAAUUGUAUGGACCUAUUAUAACUUCAAGGAAUGAAAACUUGUUUUCUGAGCUUCGAAUAAUCGAUCUUUCUUACAAUGCCUUCUCGGGAUACUUACCUACGAGUUUGUUUCAACACUUGAAAGCCAUGAGAAAAAUUGACCAAACAAUGAAUUCAACAUCAUAUCUUGCUAUAACUUUUGGAGACAAACAUUUCGUACAUGGUGUAACAAUUGCAAACAAGGGUCUAGAGCUUGAACUUGCCAAAAUUUUUACUUUUUACACCGCCAUUGAUCUAUCAAGUAACAGAUUUAGAGGGCAUAUUCCAAGUAUUGUGGGAGGUCUCACUGCACUUCAUGUGUUGAAUUUAUCUCAUAAUGGAUUGCAAGGUCAUAUACCACCAUCACUUGGAGGUUUAUCUUCUCUUGAGUCAUUGGACCUAUCUGGUAACCAACUUGUAGGAGAGAUACCAACACAAAUUGCUUCUCUUACAUUUCUUGCAUUUUUAAAUCUCUCCCACAAUCAUCUCCAAGGAUGCAUCCCUCAAGGAUCUCAAUUUGCCACAUUUCAAGAAAACUCAUAUGAAGGUAAUUAUGAAUUACGUGGAUUCCCAAUUUCAAAAGGUUGUGGCAAUGAUCAUGUGGCAGAGACAAAUUAUACCAUACCUGCGAUAGACGAUCAAGAAAGCAAUUCUGAUUAUCUGAGUGAUUUUUGGAAAGCUGCUCUUAUGGGCUAUGGAAGUGGACUAUGUAUUGGAUUAUCCAUACUAUAUUUCAUGAUUUCAGCUGGAAAUCCGAAAUGGCUUGUGAGAAUCAUUGAAUAUAUGGAACACAAAAUAAUUAUGCGAAGGAGAAAGAAGCGGCAAGGUCAAAGGCAUUACAGAAGAAGAAAUAAUCACUAUUAGACAAGUUAUAUGUUUUGAUUUCAAAACUUCAGGUGUUCAAUUCAGCUUUAUGCUGAUAUUUAAUUGUAACUAUUAGUAUCUUAGUUUCUAUGCUUUUGUUAUAACAACAAAUAAUCGAUGCUCUAUACUUAGUAUA